GCCGUUUUGGCUCAAGGCGUUUUGACAGGACAAGUCUCGAGCGAGCAUCACCCCAACUCUCGCCGCGCGUCACGCCGAGCUGCGAAGGCAUGGCGGAGUCCAAGGUCAAGGACAUGGGCCUCGCCGAGUUCGGCCGCAAAGAGCUCAGCCUGGCGGAGCACGAGAUGCCAGGCCUCAUGGCGGCCCGCAAGGAGUUCGGCCCGAAGCAGCCCUUCAAGGGGAUGAACAUCAACGGGUCUCUGCACAUGACCAUCCAGACCGGCGUCCUCAUCGAGACCCUGCACGCGCUUGGGGCCAAAGUGCGCUGGUGCUCCUGCAACAUCUUCAGCACGCAGGACCACGCGGCUGCGGCCCAUCGACGAAAGAGUAUUGGUGUGGUCGUUACCGAGCAGAUGAUGACAGUGCCAGGCUGGUCUGUGGAGGGAACCAGCUCGUCGACGACGUCGGCGACGCGAUCGCUGCUGAUCCAAAAGGGCAAGGAGUUCGAGGAAAACACGGACAACGCCGAAUUCAAGUGCAUCUUGCAGCUGUUGCGAGAUUCCAUCCUGGCCGACAAGACGAAGUACACGCGCAUGGCCGCGAAGUGCAAGGGCGUCAGCGAGGAGACCACCACUGGCGUCCACCGGCUGAAGGAGAUGGCUGCGAAGGGCGAGCUCCUGUUCCCAGCCAUCAUCGUUAACGAUUGCGUGACCAAGUCCAAGUUCGACAAUGUCUACGGGUGCAGGCAUUCGCUGCCAGAUGGCAUCAUGCGUGCCACAGACGUGAUGAUCGGGAGGCAAGCGUGGCUGAUCCUCGUGGUCGGUUACGGUGAUGUGGGCAAGGGGUGCGCGUUCGCCAUGCGCGGUGCUGGUGCCAGGGUGCUGAUCACUGAGUGUGACCCCAUCUGUGCGCUCCAGGCAUGCAUGGAGGGUUUCCAGGUGGUUACGAUGGAGAGCGUCGUCGGCGAGAUCGACAUCUUCACGACCACCACAGGAAACUUCAAGAUCAUCACGCUGGAGCACAUGAAGAAGAUGAAGAACAACGCCAUUGUCGGCAACAUUGGCCACUUCGAUAACGAGAUCGAGAUGGAAAAUCUGGAGAAGUUCGAAGGCAUCAAGGUGGAGAACAUCAAGCCGCAGGUUGACCGCUACGUCUUCCCAGACGGGCACGGCAUCAUCGUCCUGGCGGCUGGGCGGCUGCUCAACCUCGGCUGCGCCACCGGACACCCGUCCUUUGUGAUGUCCUGCUCGUUCACGAACCAGGUCCUCGCGCAGAUUGACCUGCUCACGGCGAAGGAGAAGGGCUACAAGAACAACGUGUACCUCCUCCCCAAAGACCUCGACGAGAAGGUUGCCAGCCUGCACUUGCCGGCGCUCGGUGCCCAGCUCACGACCCUCACGAAGGAGCAGGCCGAUUACAUCGGUGUGAAGGCCACUGGCCCCUUCAAGCCUGACACGUACCGGUACUAG